UUGUGUGGAAAUAUAUAUAAAACUCAGGAAAAUCAUGUUAUUGACUGCACUGGACCUUUAAAUUAGUCAUCAAGGCUGUACUAUUGCAAAGUACUCUUCAUCAGGAUCCCUGGCAAGAGUCUCCAGAAGCGCCAAUAUAUCCAGAACAGCGCUGCCAGGAUCUUGAUGAGAGUGCAGAAACACCGUCACAUCACCAUCAUCCUGGAAUCUCUGCACUGGCUCCCUGUCUCAUUCCCGGAUUGAAUUCAAAACCCUCUUGCUGUCUUUCCAGUGUACUCAUGGCAGUGCCCCUUUUUAUCUCAAAUAACUUUUCUCCCUCCAUAACCCCACCCGCACCCUCAGGUCAAGCAAUAUUCUGGUCUCCCACACCCCCCAGGACCAAGUUCCGCUCCUUGGGGGAUCGGGCAUUCUGCUCGACCGCCCCAAACCUCUGGAAUGUACUCCCGGACCACCUGAAAGCACAACAGACUCUGGGCUCCUUUUAAAACGGGCCUAAAGACCUUUCUCUUUUAGGAAGGCUUUCUGUUGAUAGCUGCUCUCCUUGGUGUCCUUGUCUCUUAUAGUGUCAGCUGGGUUCUUUGUGUCAGUUGCCCUGUCUAGUUGUGUCCAUUUCUUUUUCUAUUUGGUUAAAAAAAUCUUGAUUUUAUGCACUUAGAGAUGAUUCUGUAUAAUGAAAAGCGCUUUUAAAAUGUAUUAAAUUAUUAAAGCUUGGACACUUCAAAUUAAGUGAGAAAAGUCACUCAACUGGAAUGUCAGAAUUUGAGCAUUACAUAGAAAUCACAUUGUACAGAAAUUAUGUUUACAGCAGUUUAUUAAGUAUUUAAGUAGUGUUAAGUAGAGUGAUGUCAUGUGUUUUUGUCAGUUUAUGUUUGGGUAUUGAAUGUGAGUUAUAUAAUACACUAUCUAAAGUUUUAAAAAGCUGUACAAAUAAUCUUGAAAAACAUGGUAAUAUGAAGACAUUCGAGAAGCAACUCAAACCUUUUGUCGGACCAAAAAAAAAAAGAAGAAAAAAAUCUAUACGGGGUACAUACCAGUGUAGGGGGAGGACUCAGAGCAAUGCAUGUCAUCAUUGACAUCAGGAGGCAAAUGAUGUCAUAGUGAUGUCAAUGCCCUUAAUUGUGAUUGCACACAUAGCUGGUGGUUUUGGAGACAUUUCUGUUAGAGAGCUAGGAUAAAGGGUUUCUAUUGGACCUCUUAAGAACAGAUAUGGCUGUUGCUGGGGAUGAGACUGAGUCAGCUUCCACUGGUGACAUGUCAGGCUACCAGAUCUGCACUCCCACCUCCAGCCUGCCCCAGGGCGUUGUGAUGGCUGGCUCCCCAGGCUCCCUGCACAGCCCCCCACACGUGACUGACGAGACCACACGCAAGAGACAACUCCGCCUCAUGAAGAAUAGGGAGGCUGCCCGCGAGUGUCGCCGAAAGAAGAAGGAAUAUGUAAAAUGUCUUGAGAAUCGGGUGGCUGUGCUCGAAAAUCAAAACAGGACUCUCAUUGAGGAACUAAAAGCGCUUAAAGACAUCUAUUGCCACAAAGUUGAAUGACCACAGACUGCUAAUGGCUUGAGGGUGUGCGCCGCAGUAACAGUUUACAGAUAACUGUAAGGGUAUCCUGGAGAAUCCGCUUUGACUCGAUGUCCAGCAUCUGCUCUCACACACCAAAAUAUAAAAAAACAACACCUCUUUUCCCGAUCCACUUGUUUAGAAGAUAUGUUCCGUACUGUCGUCAUACAACAUUUUACAGUAUCUGGCCAGUUGUGGCGCGAGUAUUAUGAGGUGCCCCUGUUGCUUUUCCUUGUUGCAGGCAGGCAGCCAAAGAGUGCCGGCGGAGGAAGAGAGAGUAUAUUCGCUGUCUGGAGACUCGCCUCACCAUGCUGGAGGCCCAGAACAAGAAGCUCAUGGAUGAGCUAAACUACUUUAAGGAAAUGUAUGGAAUUAAGUCGAGUCAGUAACAGUACAGCAUACUGUACAUACACACCCUGUAGAGACAUGUUAUUUAUGCCUAUCAUAACCAGCUACUGUACAUAACAUUGCACAGUAAUGUGUUUAUUUUCAAUCAAAUAUGCCAUAUGGUUGUAUGGCAUUCGCUUUUAAAUUGUUUUAAAUAUUCUCAUCGAAGAUCUGUUAUUUGAAGAUUUAUCAGACAAAAUGCUCCCAGAAGUUUAUCUUGAAUGACAUGUGGAGUCUCAGGCCUGCACAUAUAGCAAUGUAUAGGCAUUAUUUUGUAGAGACUAGGGCUUGCAUAGAGAGCUCUAUCUUAAAUGACAUUUUACAAAGAAACUAACCAGCAUAUUACUGUUCUAUAAGAGGGAUAAAAAAUACAAAUAAAAAGUUUAUUGUACUAUUUCAUUACUAUUUAUUUAGUUGUUUUUUAUUGUUAGAAAUCUUAUAUGCUUCAUGCACAGUGCUUUUUUGUUUUACAUUUCUGUAUUUAAUCUUCGUAAAGAGAUGUUUUAUUGGUUGAAUGUAAAUUAAUAUUUACCCUGAUGUCACAAAGCACAAACCUGCCAAGCUUUUGUUCAUUUGUUUGUAAUGUUGUUAAAAGUUUGUCUAAAGCAAUUCAGCUAAGUUAACCCAUGACCCUUCUUGAAUGUAUUUCUCUAAUCUGCACUAUUGUUCAAAUUCAAGUAUAUUGUUUUGUAAGUGAAAAACACCUUAUAAUGCUUUGAUAUCAAUUUGAUUCUCAAAUCAAAUGUUUUCCACAGCAUUAAAAAUCAAAUUUUUGGUGUGA